AAUGUCGCAACAGCAACAACAACAUCCGCAAGGUCUUAAAAAUAAUUUUUUUAAAGAAUUUUUAAAAACUUUUUUAAAUUUUCUAGUAUUUGGUUCGGGUAGUAAUUAUAAUCCAUCAUUAGUUCACCCCCAACAACUAAAUCCUGCUGUUGUACAAAAUCACCAUUUUGAUCUUCAAUUACAACAAAUUUCUAAUGCUUCUAUGCAUAUGGAUUUUGCCCGAAGGCAGCAAUAUUACCCACAAAUUAAUUCUGUCCCUCACGAAAUGUCUUCUCUUAUUGGAGAUGUUCAAUCAAUAGCCAAAGUUUUCUUUUUCUCUCAAAUUUUUAUUUUUCCUUUUAUAAAGACUCAAAUGUUUCCACCAAAUAUCCAACCUUCCACAGAGGUAAUUAGAACUCCCCAAACAUUUGGGACAAUCCUUCAAUCACCCCCUGCCCCCCACCAACAAUUAUUAUUUCCCCAACAAUCUACUUCAAACAACAAUUACAUGCCCGAUUUGGCUUCUUCUCUUGCUGCACAUCAACAAUAUUUGUUGUUAGCACAACAGCAACAAUAUUUGGAGCAACAAAAACAACAGAUUCACUGUCAACAACAACGUCAACAAAUUGCUUCUUCCUCAAUUGCCUCAACAUCUACUUCAAUCCCUUAUGUCCAUCAAAGCUAUCCACCCCAACAACAACCACAAACCUCCCAACAGCCCAUUUUUCCUCUAAAAGUUCCCAAUCAAAGUUUAGCCAGUUCUUCUUUUGAACAUAAAGAAAAGCCUCAAUUAAUUCAAAAAAUGAAAUCACCCGAAAAUCCUAAAAUAUUGGCAGAAAAAGAAUUGGAAUUACAAGCUAAACGAAAAGCACAAGAAAAUGCUAAACAAAGUCAAUUAGUGCAAGAAGAUUUAGAUAGAAGGCAGUUAAGUGCUCGAGAACGGACUCAAGGUAUACAAGAGAAAUUACAAAGUAUUCCGGAUCCAAUACAUUUGGCCGGUUGCCAUACUUUAUCCAAAGUCAACAAUUUUAUUCCUUUCCCGUCAGAAACAAUUUCUUCAACAGCUUUAUCUUGUUUUGAUCAGCAUCAGGCACAAAUGGUUCUUUCAAAUAGAGACCCUUUAUUAGCUGAUUAUUUGGCAACUUUACUUUCUGAUUCAACUGAUAAUUUACGUGAAAUAGAAUUAAAAAAGAUGGAUGAUGAAUCAAAUGAUCAAUUAAUUGGAAUUUCCCCACCUCCUCCACUUGUUGAAGCUAUUCAAUUAAUAAGCCAAUUUGCUUUUAGUGUUGAACCCGAACCUUUUGAGAAUUUAGAAGAAAAUGAAAUACAACAACAACAAAAUAAUCAAAUGUCAACUACUUCAAUAUCUGAACAUUUAAAUAAACCAGAAAUUGAAACAACAAUAGAAAAACAAAAAGAAAUUGUUGAUUCAAACAUUAAUUCUCCCUCAAAAAGUAACAAAGAAAUAAAUAUUGAAACAAAAGAAUCUGAAGAAAAUCUUUUAAUAUCCCACCAUUCAGCUAGUGAGGAUAACGAAAAUGACUGCAGAAAUGAUGUAAGUUGUAAUUAA